CCCAACCAAAGUACCAAACAGAACACAGAGAGAGAGAGAGAGAGAGAGAGAGAGAUGGGAAAGUUGGAGAAGAUGUAAAGGUUGUAACUUGUAGUGGUAGACCUGGCUGGCAAUGGUGGGUGAGAGUGUUAGUGUGUGUGUGCUGUGUACUGUUCAUAUUGGAAACUAAUAUUUGUGACUUUGUUGAGUGAAGAGUCCUUUCUUUGUGGUUGUUUUAGUUAUAAAGCUUACACAGCAAAGCCAACGAUCAAGGAAAGAGAGGGACUUGUACGGACAUAGAUUAUAGAUACAACCAAAGACAUCAUCCUAAGACAUAUAUAGUUUGAGAAAGAAAAAGAGAGAGAGAGAGAGAGAGAGAGAAUGUAUUGUGGGGGGUUUCAAGAGAGGAAACAUGUCCAAGUUCGUCCCAACACCACUGUUCUUUGCUUCUUCUUCAUGUCUUAGUAGAUCCCAAAGCUAAUCUCAAAUUGAGCCAAAGUAACCUGCUUACAGUUAAGGAUCUUUUGGCUUUGGCAUCAAAUUCAGAAAAAAAAAUUGACAGACAUCUAAACUUUCCCAAGAAAAAUUCUUGACAAAACCUGUUCAUGCAAUGCCCCAUCUCACUGUUAAAUGCUCAUCGUGGUGGAAUUCAAAUGAACAGAAAAUUCCAUCGUCUUCAUCCAAGACCGCAAGCUUGAAAAUGGAUUCUCCACAACAACAAAUUCAUGAAGCAAAACAUUUAGGUCUUCAACUACCAGACCAGGAAUCAUCCACAAUUCAAUUUACUGGUCUUCAACUACCAGACCAGGAAUCAUCCACAAUUCAAUUUACUGGUCAGUCUCACCAUGAAGUGGGUGCUGUGGGAGGGACCAAUUCUCAAGGUCAAUGCAUUUCAUCAGAAUCAGAUCAAGAUGAAGGUUGUGGCAAUGCCAAAGGUCAAAUGAAGGCAGGUUUUUUGUUGAAUAAUUCAGAUUUUAUGUUCAAUCCCUCACAAGUUGCUCAUAGCUAUUCAAUGGCUCGUGUUCCAUAUCCUUAUGCUGAGCCAUGCUUUGGUGGGUUGUUGACUGCUUAUGGACCACAAGCAAUUAUGAUGGGGAUGGCACCUGCACGAGUCCCACUGCCACUUGAUUUUACGGAUUAUGGACCCAUUUAUGUCAAUCCAAAACAGUACCAUGGAAUCCUCAGAAGGAGACAGUCACGUGCAAAACUUGAGGCUCAAAACAAACUUGUCAAAGCUCGAAAGCCAUAUCUUCAUGAGUCUCGGCAUCGUCAUGCAUUAAAUAGGACUAGGGGGACUGGUGGACGCUUUCUCAGCACAAAAAAGGGGCAAAAUCCUGAUCCAACCGCCACUAGUAGCAACCAUUAUGUCUCGGACACUGAAAAUAUAUCAGACUUUGAUAGUAGUCAAUUUGGAACCCAUCAACAUGUUGGUUCCAUUACAGCCUGCUCUGACAUCACUAGUGUCUCCAAUAGAAAUGGUAACAAUGCCUAUCAGCAGCCGGGUCACAGGUUCUCAGGCCUGUCUCCCCACUUGGGUGGAGCCAUGCAAUGCAAUGGGAGCCUUGUGUCCGGUGGCACCCAACACUGUGCUUCAGUUGUCCGGUGAGGAUACACUGUACUUCAGUCGUCCGGUGAGGAUAUUGGGAAGUACACGAUUACCAUUUCACUGGUCUGGCAAUUCAUCCUUGGCUUUGUCACUUAAACUUUCUAUAUGCUAUUAUAAUAUGCUUGAUUUCAAAUUGCGUAAGAGACGCCACCAUGUACCAGGUUUAUCUAUCUGCUUCCUGCUUCUUGCGUUGCAUGGAUUGUGAGAAUAAUCACAUGGCUGUAAGGAGAGGCCGUGCUUGUAAUCCUACUAUGCUAAUACGUCACUUUGGUUGUUACUAUGUAACUCUUUGCAUAAAUGGGAGAUCAUCAAACACAAUAUAUAUUUAUAUAUGAUGCUUCCGGCUA